AUGGCGGCCUCCAUGGCUGACAUGUUCUGGCGGUGUGCGGUACCGGAGGCGGCCAAGCGGACGGUGGAGAUCCGACACAUCGGUGGCGGCAAGGGAAAGGGGCUGUUUGCCACUCGCAGUAUUCGGAAAGGAGAAACCAUCUUCCAGGAGAGGCCUCUGGUGUCUUCCCAGUUUCAGUGGAACGCCCUGUACCGCUACAGAGCCUGCGAUCACUGCCUGCGGUCUCUGGAGACGGCUGAAGAAAAUGCCAAGAGGUUGUCUGGAAAUGCUCAUGUGAACCUUCCAUACCCUGAACUUUGCACCAUUCAGAAUGGGCUCCACCAGCAAUGUCCGGAUUGUCAGGUUUCAUACUGCAGUGCGGAAUGUCUCAAGGCAGCCAGAGAUCAGUAUCACCAGGUCCUGUGUCUGCGAUCCUCCAGGGACAACCCAGCUCACCCACUCAACAAGCUGGAGGAAGCCUGGAGAAACAUGCAUUACCCUCCAGAGACCGCCAGCAGCAUCAUGCUGAUGGCCAGGAUGGUGGCCACUGUUAAGCAGGCAAAGGACAAUUUAGGGACUGGUGGCUCCAACUCUUCACCCAGUUUUGCAGCAAGACAGCCAACGAAGAGGAGGAGAUCGUCCACAAGCUCCUGGGUGACAAGUUCAAAGGUCAGUUGGAUCAGCUGCGACGUCUGUUCACGGAGGCUCUGCACGAGGAGCGAGUGAGCCGGUGGUUCACGGCAGAAGGCUUCCGAUCUUUAUUUGCUCUUGUAGGAACGAACGGUCAGGGGAUCGGCACAAGGUGAGCGAACUCUUCUGUAGUGCAAUGCUGAGGAAUGACGAUUUCUUGUGGGUGCCGACGGACGCCCAUACCAAUGCUGUCAGCGACUUCCACGCAGAGACCGGGGAGUUCCUGAACUGCGAGGGGUCUGGACUGUACCUGCUGCAGAGCUGCUGUAACCACAGUUGUGUCCCCAAUGCUGAGGCCUCCUUUCCUGACAAUAAUUUUCUCUUACACAUGACCGUUCUAGAAGAUAUCAAGCCGGGAGAGGAGAUUUGUAUUAGUUAUCUGGAUUGCUGUCAGAGGGAGCGAAGCCGGCACAGCCGACACAGGAUACUCAGGGAGAACUACCUGUUCAUCUGCUCCUGUCCGAAGUGCCUGUCCCAGUCGGAAGACCCAGACGUCACCUCGGAGGAGGAAGACGAGGACGCUGAACUGGAAGAGACGGACGACGCCGAGCUGGAAGAUGAGAUGACCGAUGUCUGA